AUGUCGACGACACCCGAUGGCAACUGGCCGGCCGCAACCCGCGGGCAUCGCCCCGCCCGCAGAGGGCGACCGACAUUCUUGACACGUACCGCCACCGAUGAGGCAGCUCAGCUUCUGCGCCGAAGCUCGGACCCAUCUUUGCCAGUAUAUGCUGAUCAACCACAAGUUCGAAACACGCAGGAAGCAGAGAUCCUCAGUGGCCAGCAGACGCCGCCUGCAGACUUAAGCAUCUCGAGGCAAGGGUUUGCCAAGCAGGUGGUCAAUUUACUUACUGAUGGGUCUGGCGACCACAGUCGACCACCAACCGCACUGGCCGAAACAAGUGAGGAUGGCAGAACACACACUGUCCCUCUCAACCAAGACUUCUUGAUUCAUGGAGGAAGCGAAACUGACGAACAAAAGACCAAGUCGGAGGUCCCGCCGCCGCCUGUUCGAAGUCCACAGAAGCUAGACACAUUUUCUGGCGUAUUUGUACCUGUCAGCUUGAAUGUGCUUAGCAUUCUCAUGUUCAUCCGUUUCGGCUUCGUACUUGGUCAAAGUGGCUUGGUCGGUAUAUUAGGCAUGCUGGUGGCAGCAUACGUGAUCAACCUCGUUACAACAAUGUCCAUCUCAGCGGUAGCUUCAAAUGGAGUGGUGCGAGGGGGUGGUGCGUAUUAUUUGAUCUCGAGGUCUCUUGGUCCAGAGUUCGGGGGUGCAAUUGGAAUCAUAUCAUACAUGGGCUACGUUUUCAACACUGGCCUGAACGCAGCCGGCCUGGUUGAUUGUCUGAUGUACAAUUUUGGAUCCAAGUCUGGAAAUUGGGCGAAUACACUACCUGAAGGCGGCUGGUGGCAGUACCUGUGGAGCAGCAUCGUGGUUGUGGUGUGUGUGCUUAUAUGCUUAGCAGGCAGUUCCUUGUUCGCCCGCGUCAGCAACGGUCUACUUCUAGUCCUUCUUGUUGCCACUUUCAGCAUACCCUUGUCGGCUCUUGUGCGGACCCCUUUCGAGGACACCAAGCAGUACGUCAACUUCACAGGCCUCAGUGUGGAAACGUUGCGCGACAACCUAUUGCCACACUUCACGAAGGGCGCUGCAGGCAGCCGAAUCAAGGGUCAUGAAAAUUUCCAGGAUCUCUUUGGCAUCCUGUUCCCAGCAACCUGUGGUAUUCUGGCCGGUGCCAGCAUGUCUGGCGACCUCCAGAACCCAAGCAGAUCGAUUCCUCGAGGUACGCUCGGCGGUAUGGGUCUUACGUUCUUCGCCUAUAGCUUGGUUAUCGUUUCUCUAGCCGCAAGCAUCACCCGAGAAAGCUUCUACCGCAAUGUCAACGUUGUCCAGGACACCAACAUCUCUGGUAUCCUUAUCCUGGCUGGCGAACUCGCUUCAACGUUCUUCUCAACGUUGAUGGGCAUUAUAGGCCCCGCAAAUCAGCUACAAGCGAUUGCGCGAGACCAGAUAAUCCCCGGCGUUUCACUAUUGGGGUCAGGGACCUCUCGCUCUGACGACCCGUUGAUGGCUAUCUUCGUCACGCUCGUCGUAGCACAAUUAGUGCUCUUACUCGACAUCAACCAGAUCGCGUCACUGAUCACCAUGGCCUACCUUAUGACUUUCUUUGCAUUGAACGUGGCAACGUUUCUCCUCAAGAUUGGAUCUGCGCCGAAUUUCCGACCGUCAUUUCAAUACUUCAACUGGGGAACAGCAGCACUCGGGGCAGUGCUCAGUGUUGUCAGCAUGUUUUUCGUGGACGGUCUUUCUGCAUCUGGUUCAAUAUGCAUUCUUCUGCUGCUGAUUGCCAUAAUACACUAUACGACACCACCAAAACCGUGGGGCUCCAUCUCCGAGGUCCUGAUCUACCACCAAGUUCGAAAGUAUCUACUACGGUUAAAGACGGAGCAUGUGAAGUUCUGGCGACCACAAAUCUUACUAUUCGUGAAUGAUCCGCGACGAGGAUACAAACUUAUCCAGUUUUGCAACUCGCUGAAAAAGGGUGGCCUAUACAUUCUGGGCCAUGUCAUUGUCACGCAGAAUUUUGCCUCAUCCGUUCCCGAGGCACGGAAACAGCAGGCCGCAUGGACUAAGUACAUUGAUUUCUCUCACAUCAAGGCUUUUGUCAAUGUAGCUAUAUCGCCAUCAAUCGAGUGGGGUGCGCGAAAUAUCCUGCUCUCUGCAGGACUGGGCAGCAUGCGUCCAAACCUUGUCAUCUUCGGUGCAUACAAUCUACAGCAAUUCCGCAGCGAGCAACCUCUUGUCGACGUACCGAGCCCGCCUCCCGAACGCAAGCACGAGGCCAAGGGUCCACGACGGCGUAGGAGCGCCGGUCAGCCACCUGGAGAGCUGCCAACCGAUGUUUGUGUGAUAGAAAAACGCACAGACGUGCAGAGCUAUGUGAUGGUGUUGGAAGACAUGAUUCUCAGUCUUCGAACAAAUCUAGCCAUCGCAGCUGGCUUCAGCGACCUAGAGUUACCAAACGCCAAGGAUGGGAACACAAAGAAGUACAUCGAUCUUUGGCCCAUUCAAAUGUCGGCUGAGAUUGCGGAGGAGACCCAAAAUGUGAAGACAACCAAUUUCGACACUUAUACCCUCAUACUACAGCUUGGUUGUAUUCUCAACACCGUCCCAUCUUGGAAAAGAUCUUACAGCCUUCGAGUGGCCGUUUUCGUCGAGUAUGAGUCCGAUCUGGAAGAAGAGCGGAUUCGAGUCGCCUCCCUGCUUGAAAAUCUUCGUAUCAACGCAGAGAUACAAGUAUUCUGUCUUGCCUCUGGCGCAAUCAAAUCAUACGAGUAUAUUGUCAAUGGUAAUGACGCCGAUUCAGAGACGGAAGGCCAAGUGGACAAAGUACUGGAAGAUGAACUCUGGUGGAAAGAGCUGAACCAAGUGCGCGGUAAGGUAAAGAGUGGGGACAUCUCGGCAGCAGACGCUUUGUCUCUGGCGGACGAGGUGCAGUGGGGUAGCCCUGGCCCUCGAGGUAGCCGUGAUGCCUCGAUUGUACGAAUGGAAGGGCUCAGAAGAAUCUUACUCCGACCGCGAAAGCGCUCGUCAUUCGGCAACUUGUCCAAUGCCGGCGUCAGUCUGAGCAUGCGCACAUCGCGAAUAGACGACGAUAUGCUGAGCAGGCACGCAUCGCACCCCAGCGACUCAGAGUGGUCCGAUCCGGACGACGAUGCAGACGACGACGAGUACGAACCAUAUCAGGACGAAGAGACCGAAGACGAAGUAGAAGGCACAUCAACUGCCUCCACAUCGCAAAAAUCGCCCUCAGCAAAGUCAAAGUCGAAACAUUCGUCCAAGAAGAGCAGUCGAGCCAGCUCGCGCAAGUCCGCACGCAAGCACAAGCGCGACGUCAGCGGCGACUAUGCUGCCAACAACACCGAAGACACCCAACAACUCAUCCAAUUCGAUGAAGACGUCCUCCAACCAAACAACAAGCGCCGCGGCCGGGGCGGCAAGCAUUCGCGCCGCGCAUCUCCUGACUCAACCUCGCCACGCACGCGCCCUCAAACCCCCGAGGCAUCAGAGCAAACACCCGACGACGGCGUGGACGCAAACCCCGUCGGCCCCUCCAUCCAAUUCGUAGACCAACCGCACCCCAAGCGGCGGCAGGCGUCCGCCCAACAGCAACCCGCAACCGGCGGCAUCUCCAUCUACCAACGACUCAGCGACCCCUCUCCCUCCCGCCACACCGCCGCCUCCUCGCUAGCCAGCGGCUUCCCCGCGACGGGCGCGAUUCCACUCUCCUUCAACACGCUGCCGGCGCGCGCACAGCACCUGAUCCUCAACGAGCUCAUGGCGCAGAACAGCGAGGACACGGCCGUGAUACUGACGACUUUGCCGGCGCCCAGUGAAGGCACCUUCAAGAGCGAGGGCGACAGUCUGGGCUACGUGAGUAAUCUGGAGGUGCUGUAUGGGGGGCUGCCGCCGACGCUGUUGGUGCAUAGCAAUAGUAUGACUGUUACGACGAAUUUGUGA